GUGAAUAGAACAAGCCUUAUUUUAAGUUAAUCGAAAAGUUUACUUAUUUUGAGGUAACCACACAAAGAUUUAUUUUUAUUGACAAAUCUUUCCUAAGAUCUUAACAUUCAAGCCCAAAAAAAACAAACGACGAAAUGUUAAUCCUAAAUUUUAUCAACAAAUCGAAAUGUCGCCUCAGCACAAAACUAGUUAAUUUCAAUUACCAAUAUGAGCUUUCGGAAGAUUUUGCUAUAAAAAAAAAAAAAAAAACAUAAAAUAAAAAAUAUUUGUAAGGAAAUGGGAAGCACGGCCACCGGCUAACGGUCCAACUCUAACAGCUUUGACAAAAAACCGCCAAAAAAAAGUUGCGUGUCAUGACUCAUUAAUCUGCUUUUCUAGAAUCCCGACAGUCGAAAAUACCACACCAUUUUCUAUUUUCCACUGUUUUGUUUUCCUUCUUCUAACAUUUUCUAUUAAUUCGUCAAAUCACGAGCCUCAGCUUUCCUCUUCCUCUAUUUCUGGACUUGUCUUAAUUAAUUAAUCUAAUGUGGGUCCCACUUUCCAAAUUCUCUGUUUCUUCCCUCCUUUAAAAGUCAACAUCUUUUCUUCUUACAUUUGCUCCCACCCUUAAAAUCAUUGGAUAGAAAUAUAAAUAAUGGCUCCUGCUGUUACAGUUGAUGUUGAAUAUGCAAUGAAACUAAGGGAAGAUUCUAGUGUUGUAAAAAACAGGGGAAAUAAUAUGAAGAAACAGAGGAAAUCAAUGUCUUUGCCUAGAUUUGGUUGUUUGAGAUUGGAUGAUGAAUCUAAAACUGUUGAUAGGAAGAAUCAGAAUGAUGGAAGUAUUGAUAUGUUUUCUACUGCUGGUGUUGUUGAUGAUUUUGAUCGUGAUCGUCGUCUUCCUACUCAUUUAAUCGUUAUGGUUAAUGGUAUUAUUGGCAGUGCAGAGGAUUGGAGAUAUGCUGCAAAGCAAUUUCUGAGGGCUUACCCUGAAGAAGUUAUAGUUCACUGCAGUGAAAGAAAUACUUCAACCUUAACAUUUGAUGGAAUUGAUGUGAUGGGUGAACGACUAGCAGAUGAGGUGAUAACAGUCAUACAUCGCUAUCCACAUCUACGCAAAAUUUCAUUCAUAGGUCAUUCUUUAGGUGGUAUGAUUGCAAGAUAUGCAAUUGCCCUGCUUUAUGGGGAUAACUAUUUGAAUAGACUAUUAAAAGUAAAUGUAGAAACUACUGGAAGCAAUGGGUGUGAAAAAUUAAUGCAACAACAAGAUUAUAUUGGUAAGAUUGCUGGUCUGGAGCCUGUAAAUUUUAUAACAUUUGCAACGCCGCAUCUUGGUUCAAGGGGACACAAUCAGGUUCCAAUGUUUUUUGGCUUCCACACAUUAGAAUUAAUAGCGCGCCAAACAUCAUGGUUUCUUGGAAGAACAGGAAGGCAUCUGUUUUUGACCGACAAAGAUAAGGAAAAACCCCCUCUUCUUCUUAGGAUGGCAAAUGAUUGUGAGGGUCUUCCAUUCAUAUCUGCAUUAAAAUCUUUCAAUCGCCGUGUUGCCUAUGCAAAUAUGCGCUUUGACAAGCUUGUUGGAUGGUGCACAUCUUCAAUCCGGCUUGAAAAUGAACUCCCGAAGAGGCGACAUAUACUGAGAAAUGACAAGUAUCGGCACAUAGCAAAUGUGGAGACAGGAGUAGUUUCUUACAAUCAACGAGCCUCUACUAUGGAGUCCAUAUUGAAUGGGUGGAAAAGAUUAAGAACUCGAGAAAUGAUGGAAGAAAUGAUCAAGGGACUAACCGCAGUUAGCUGGGAAAGAGUUGAUGUAAAAUUUGGUGGUGGUAAACAUCGAUUCGUUGCUCAUAAUUCCAUUCAGGUGCAACAUUAUUGGAUGCAUUCAUCUGGAGCUGAUGUUAUAAAACACAUGAUUGACAAUUUUGUCCUGUAGAUGUAGAAAUUAUAGUUAGCCUAAUCCAAAAACUUUGAAAAAAAAAGGUGUAGAUUCAAAAUGUAUAUAGAGAUAACAGUACAAAUUUGGGGUCUCAUUAUUGUGAAUUAUAUUUUGGUCUCUGCCUAUGUGUACAUACUUCAUAUCUAUGAACAAUUAAGUAUAUGAACAAUUUUAAAAACCAAUAAAGUUGGAAAACAAACAAAAUUAA